AUGGAUGCUAUGGGUAGUCCUGCCCUUUCGCAUAAUAUGUCUUAUGCUGCUGCACAGGGCGAUUUGUUCUAUCUUGUUGCUGGUGCGCGACGAUUCAUCCCUGGGAGAAAUGGAAAGCUACGCAUGCCAGGUGCCGGUGCCCGUAUUUCUGAAUUGGAGCGUCGUUGUCUUGAGUUGGGGUUGAUCUCCAACGAUCGAGAGAGUGCCCGCUCCUGCUUGGGGAAAAAAAAUGUCGCCGGAGGAUGCCAGAUCUGCCUUGGAAGCGAAAGUUGA